AGGACAGAGUUAGUGGAGUCAGAGCCUCUUCCUCCACCAUGCAGCCGACAACUCGACUCACAACCCGGCAGUAACAAGUGUUUCCAAAGCGGCGAAUAUUUAUGCGAGAAGAGUGUGCGUAAAGAGCGAGGACAAAUUGUGCGUAAUUUCCCCUUUUUUCUCUCUUGGAGUGAAAAAGCAGGCGGGGUUAAGCUUUUCCUGGAGGAUUUUUUUAUUUAUUUUUCAUUUAAAGGGGAGUAUUUUGGUCACAGAUUUAUCACCGACAUGGAGUACACGUCGUCCCCGAAACCGCAGCUCUCGUCCCGGGCAAAUGCUUUCUCCAUAGCCGCCCUGAUGUCCAGUGGGAAGCCCAAUAAGGACAAGGAGACGGAGGAGAACACCAUCAAGCCUCUGGAACAAUUUGUGGAGAAGUCUUCCUGCACGCAGCAGUCCCUCGCGGACCUGUCCUCGCUGGAGGGGCACGGGGACUACAGCGGGAGCGCGCCCGCGGUGUGCACGGAGCCGCUCAUCCCAACCAACCCCGGGGUCCCGAGCGAGGAGAUGGCGAAGAUCUCGUGCUGCCUCGAGACCAAAGAGCUGUGGGACAAAUUCCACGACCUCGGCACCGAGAUGAUCAUCACCAAGUCCGGAAGGAGGAUGUUCCCCACCAUCCGGGUCUCUUUCUCCGGGGUGGACCAGGACUCCAAGUACAUCGUGUUGAUGGACAUCGUCCCGGUGGACAACAAGCGGUACCGGUACGCUUACCACCGGUCCUCCUGGCUGGUGGCCGGCAAGGCCGACCCUCCUCUGCCCGCCAGGUUGUACGUGCACCCGGACUCCCCGUUCACCGGAGAGCAGCUCGUGAAGCAAAUGGUUUCCUUCGAGAAAGUGAAACUGACGAACAACGAGCUGGACCAACACGGACAUAUCAUCCUGAACUCCAUGCACAAGUACCAGCCUCGGGUCCACAUCAUCAAGAAGAAGGACCACACCGCCUCGCUGCUCAACCUCAAGUCGGAGGAGUUUCGCACCUUCGUCUUCACGGAGACCGUCUUCACCGCCGUCACGGCCUAUCAGAACCAGCUGAUCACCAAACUGAAGAUCGACAGCAACCCGUUCGCCAAAGGUUUCCGGGACUCCUCGCGGCUGACGGACAUGGAGAGCAGGGAAAGUGUUGAGAAUCUGAUCCACAAGCACUCGUACGCCCGGUCGCCGAUCAGGACCUACGCCGGAGACGAGGAGAACAUGAGUGAGGACGGACUGAGCAUACACAACAGAGGCUCAGCGUUCUCCGCCUCAGACAACCUCUCCCUGAGCUCCUGGGUCACCUCCGCCUCGGGUUUCUCGGGCUUCCAGCACCCACAGUCUCUGUCGGCCAUGGGCUCCGGCUCCCUGCCUCACCCCAUCCAGGGCUCCCUCCCCCCCUACAGCCGGCUGGGCAUGCCCCUGACCCCCGGCGCUCUGCAGGGCAGCGGGCCCUCCUUCCCCUCCUUCCACAUGCCCCGCUACCACCACUACUUCCAGCAGGGGCCGUACGCCGCCAUCCAGGGGCUGCGGCACCCCUCCACCGUCAUGACGCCCUUCGUAUGACUCCGUCCUGGGGGAGGAGACGGCCCAUCUUCACCUCAACACCCCAGAGAAACCAGUUAUCCCUCCACCUCCUCAUCCUGUUUGUACCUUUCCCCCUGGUCUGUGUAAAUAGUUUAGCGAGCGAGAGGAAGGGGAUUUGGCGUUCUGAUGAUGAAAAAAAAAAGGACCGUGGCGCCUCGUGUUUCUACGAACACUUUACUGACAUUGUACAAACGACCUCAAAACAACCUAAGACUGUACAGUGGGGCGUGUUUGGUUUUGGCCCUUGAAGAACAGAAAGUGGAUGCUCACCUUAAAACUCAAUUGAACAAUAUUUAGAAGAUCCUCUGAAGGGUCUACACGAGGCUUUACAGACGGAAAGGAGAAGACAAACUUGACUAAUCCCUCAAAGGACAUUUAUUAAGCUGUGUGAACCUAAGAAGAGGACUUUGAGAGACUCACCUGACGCUGCAGUUUGUUGGACACUGAGGACAUUUCAGCGUCGCAGACUCUCAGCUUUUCUCUGUUUUAUAGAAAGCCAGCCAUAUGUACAGCUCCUCGCUCAGUUCGAAAUAAUGUCUGUUCAAAUGCAUUAAUGCAACAUUUACUCGUAGGGAAAUCCUCUCUGUAGAUUGCUAAAAGAAAAUAUUCAAAGGACGCAUGCUGACCGCAGUAGAAACACGCUGGGGAACUUUAUAUGGAAUAUUAUGGGAUGAUAAGCUCUAACCUGCAACAGGGUGAAGGCUCUUUGUGUGCUUUAAAGGCUCGGUCACACCACAAUUAAAAAAAAACACAUCAAAAUCCAUUAAUUUAUAACAAAUCUGUGGAUCAAAACGUUGACAAUGACCGAUGGCAAACUGUCCCAACAGUGCCGAUUUUACUGACGUUACAAGAGACGGAUCAAUCAAAAAUGUUGGAAACUAUAGUAUAACUUAUUAUUUAUUUAUAUGAAAAACAAACCGUUCAAAAAGUGGCUCUGAUAUGUCAAAAAACGUCCAUAAAAUCAUGUAUUUAUAUUAUUUUCCCCCGUCAAAAUGUUCUAACGACCGUCACUCCACAUGUUUUUGCUGUGGGAGCUACUGGUGUGACUGGGUCUUCAUUAAGAUGGAGUCAACUACACAAUGUGUUUAAAUAAUCAGGUCUCAAGAAGUCAGAUUUGACUUCAGUGGCCAUAAAUGUGUUUCCUCUGGGCUUUAGGGGAACAAACAGGCUUUAAUGUAACCUCAUUAAUCAUGCAUUGAAAUCUCUUUUAAUGUGCAGAAACAUUUGAAGGGUAACAGCAGCGUGACUUGAUGUUUUUAUUGCAAACAGACAGCAGCAUGAGUGUGAAACAUCCCAGUGUUUCUGUUUCCGUGUGUGGCCUGCAGCCUGUUAGCGGUCGGUGUUAGCGGUCGCUGUUAGCGCUCUGAUUCAUGGCUGCAGCAGAGCGAGGACAGAGCGUCUGCACCUGGAAGUAAUGGCUCUCUGCUCGCUCAUUUAAAACAUGCAGGCUACUAAAGGCAAGUGGUGACACUCAUUACCGGUGCAGGUGCAUACAAACGGCAGCUCACUGUGGGGAGUCAUUUAUUUAAAAGAUAUGAAGAAAUAGAAGUUGCACAGCAGGUGGCAUUGACGUACCUGAAGCACCACAUUUUAAAUCAAGUAGCUCAUGAUCAAAAACUCUCCAUCUCUUCGUGUCACUGUCUAUAAAUGAAUCCUAAAAACUAGAGACGGAUAUAUCUGUGUUUGUCGGCUGAUAAAUAACAACAAUUUGCAGAUGUUAUUCAUAAAAACACUGUCCAUUUUGACACUUUUGUCCCAUUUCACUUAUUAUUCCUGGGGUGCUUUUCUGAUUAGAAUCUAUCACAUAUCAGAAAAUAGCAUGUCCAAAUGAUAACAGAGGGGGACAAAUUCAAUUGAAUGUAUGAUCAUCUGACUAAACCCCCACAAUAUCAGUUUUCUGAGACGCAUCAAUAAAGUUUUAUUCCAAGACUAAUUGCUAGAAAAUGACUGAUACAAUAUAGAUUUCAAACAACUUCCAAUAAUGUUCUUACAGGGGAAAAUCUGACUUUUACGGACAAAAUAUUAGACAAGAUAUCUGGUUCUGGUGCAGAUGUUUUGCAGUGAGGCUGUCAUGAUUUAUGCAAAGAAACAAAUCUAUACAUAUUUGGGCUUGUUGCAUCCUGGAAGCAUCAGAAAUGGGACGUCGUGUUGAUUGAGUGCUUUAUGGACGAUGAAGACUUUUCUCUGUACUAAUGUAUACAUUUGGGUUUCACAAACACUGUUAUUGUCACAGUUUGCCACAUUUCUCACAUCAUAUGAAGCCAGUUGAAGUUGAAUAUGGACAUAUAUGCUCUUCUGACCCCUUGCAUAAUCAUUCAUGUGCAAGCAGCUCGUUUUAUCCCAUCUGUUCAUUAAUGACGUCUCCUAAUUUACCUUUUACCGAUGUGUAACCUGAGCUUUGUGUGACAGGUGUGUACAUGAACCGAGUGUUAAUAUCAUCAGUGUAACCAUAAGCCCCUCCCCCUUCACCACUGAGAAUAAUGUCCCUUUUUUUUUUUACAUGAAAACGUUUUAUUUUGUACACCGAACGAGAUUGUGUUUUGAUGAUUUUUAAGUGCAAUAUAUUUAUUUUGCUCUCUGGAAAAAAAAUGUGUAAUGUACUAUGCCGCAUUUAACAAAAAAAAAAAAAAA